CGUGGAUAAUUAUGGUGCUGAUAUUUUUCCCUAAAAAAAAGAUGUCAGCCCCUGGCUGUAGUAUUCCUCUUUAAAAGCCCUCUCUGAAAAUGUCAUGCCCCAACAAUGUGACUUCUAACUCGUUUUUGAUGGACUCCUUGGCCGGUACCUGUAGAGGGGAGAAUUAUUCCUCUAACCAAGGGAUGUACAUGCAGCCUGGAAGCGAUUUCAGCUGUGGAGUGAUGAGGAACUGUGGACUUAUCCCGUCUCUUUCCAAAAGAGACGAGGUGAAUAACGCUAACCUGUCUCUCAACACCUAUCCAUCUUACCUUUCUCAGCUAGACACUUGGUGUGACCCCAAAAAUACUUACAGGAUCGAGCAACCUGUUGCGAGACAGCUCCCAUCCUGCUCCUUCCCCACCAAUGUCAAGGAAGAGAAUGUUUGCUGUAUGUAUAACGCUGAUAAAAGGGCAAAAAAUGCCACAGAGACAGCCCUCUACCCCAACCAAAUGCCUGACUCUUGCCUAAACGACCAUGAAGUACCCGUGCCCAGCUACUACCGAACAAGCCAAGGUUAUUCCUCCAUGGAGAAGACGUCAAACUGCAACAAUCCAAAUGAGUUUGAGGCAAGUUUUGAAUCCAGGGCGAGUCUGAAUCCAAGGAACGAGCAUCUGGAGCAACCUCCACCGCCUCCUCCACCGCCACCCGUGGCUAAAGUGAGUUUCCCCGAAAACACCAAAACAGAUAACCCUCAGAACACGGCCACCAACGAAAUUAAAACCGAAAAAAGUGCCCCCGCUCCCAAAAUCGGCCCCACGGAACCAGAGAAAGAGCUGAAUAAAAGCACUGACACCAGCACUGACAAUUCUGACAAUGAGACGAAAGAGGAUAUAAAGGCAGAAAACACUACAGGAAAUUGGCUGACAGCAAAGAGCGGAAGAAAGAAAAGGUGUCCUUAUACUAAACACCAGACGCUGGAAUUGGAGAAGGAAUUCUUAUUCAAUAUGUAUUUGACCCGUGAGCGCCGCCUGGAGAUUAGUAAGAGUAUUAACCUGACAGACAGACAAGUCAAAAUCUGGUUUCAGAACCGCAGGAUGAAACUCAAGAAAAUGAACAGAGAGAACCGAAUUCGCGAACUGACUUCCAAUUUUAAUUUCACCUGAGUGUGUUCAAUGCUAUUUAAGGGAGAAAGCUGGGAUGGGGUGGUGUGGUGGGGAGGGGGCACACAGAAGGAAACCUUUGCAGUUUUUUUUUUUCUUCUGGGUAUAAAUGCAAUGCGUAUGAAAAAAAAAAAGAGGAAAAAAAAAAAGAAAAAGAAAAAAAAGAGGAAAAAAAAUAAGGACCUCAAGUCAUUUGGGUAUUUACAGUUUGUAGAGCGAAGAUGCAGAGGCAUAAGCAUGAGAAUAUAUAUUGCAUCCAUGUUUCUAUGUAAAAUAAAAGAUUGAGAUGGUUGCUAAAAACCAGCUUAUAAAAAUGUUUUAAGUUAUUUACGUGCAGCACAAAAUGAUAAUAAUAAUAAUAAAAAGAAACCAGAAGGACCUUUCUCUAUGCAUUUUAUGUUUAGGAUAAUAGAUGAGUCUGAAAGUUUGCUUUUCCUAUUCUAGUGUAGUCUGCCUAUUGUACAAUAAAAUGACGAAAAGAUGAAUUUCAUAUAAGUGUCUGUAAAUUCAAGUGGGAACAUGCUCACAUCUUGUAGUUAUGCAGUUUCUUCCAAUGAAGUGAUACUAUCCACCGUAUAUUUAAGACAAAAAAAUUAAAAAAAAUAAAGCAGUAUUGGUAUCUUAUUAUGAAAAAAGUCCAUUUCUCGUGGCUGUGUUAUUUAAAUAUAUUCUGUAUGUGUUAUACUUGCAUGUACCUUCCUUUAUGGAGCAAAAUAAAUUUCAUAGAACCGUGUACAA